AGAAGGAGGGGAAUGGGGAAGGGGAGUGCACAAAUUAAAUUUCUUUAGCUUUGUAGAGAAACCUCAGCAGUUUCUCUGCCGCUUGCAAAACAUCCUCAGACUUUCACGUCUAUAAUUAGCUGUGGAAAAAGCUGGGAGUUCCCUCACCCCGCUGUUGUUGAGUGUGUGCCGAGCGUCAAGAACCAACUGUAUGAGUGUCUCUGAGGGCACCGCCCCACACAUCUCGGGUCCCGGAGGAGAGGAAAGAGCAGGGGGUGAAGUUGGAAAGUUUGCAGAUCCAAGGCCGGUGCCUGUGGGGCCGGUGAGCGUUGGGCGGCUGGGGGUUGGUCACCGGCGUCCUUGGGAGGGUCCCUGAGCGUCCUGGGCCACUGCGCCCUUGCAGAAGAGCUGGAAAUGAAGGCUGGGCUGGUCGCUCCUGCUCUCCUGCAACCCGCUCGCUCCCUCGCAUACUUGGCUGGCUCUUGGGGUGGAGGAGGCCGGCUGGCACCCUCCCCAAGGCGAGGCCCGCCUCACCACUCCCCCAGGUCUGCGAAGGACCCACCGCUCCUCUCCAGCAGCGGGGGCGGGAGAGGGGAACGCGGGAGUGGCCUGCGCAUCCUGGGAGCGAGUGGGCACUCGGCUGGCCAGAGGCGCCUCCCCCGGGCAUUCCUUCCGGACUUACAACAACUUGCAGACGCGGUGUCGGCGCCGGCUGGCCUGAGAUCCAGUUGUCAGCGGUAUCCAGGGAGCCCUCCUCUUCCUCCUCCUUCUCCUGCCGCCUCUCUACCACCGCAGUUGCCGGUUGUUGCUAAGGUAGCCUCCAUGGUAACACGCACAUCCUGUUUAUACCUCCAUCUGGGCAAGCUGGUCUAAGCUAGGAACCUACCUACCCUGGACAACGGCUUCCAUUACCACCUGGGGACACCAAUCGUCGUGACACGUGGUCCGGCUUCCACUCGGCUCCCCCAUCCCCUUCCUCCCCUCGCUGCCGAGCUUCAUACACAAAAAAGGAUCUGGGCUAGAGGCUGCUACCCUGAAGCUCACUGCACAAGAUACAGCCCAACUAUUUCCUACCCAGGCUCCCAGAGAAGCAAGAAGUAAGAAGUGAGGCAGAAGGGCAGGAGUUCCUGACCAGUUGAAGGGAAGCCACAUUUUCUCUGGUCGAGGGGCUUGGUAACAGCAGGCAGAAUGACGAACCCAACAGAACGUACCUUGCCGGCCAACUCGAUGGUUGAGAGCCAUGAGCGGGAGUUUGGCUGCACAGUAAUGGACCUGCGGAAGCUCAUGGAGCUACGUUCGACCGACGCAAUCAACCAGAUCAACGUCCACUACGGGGGUGUAACGAAUCUCUGCAGUAGACUGAAAACCAACCCCGUGGAAGGUCUGUCUGGGAACCCUGCGGACCUGGAGAAACGUAAGCACGUGUUCGGACAGAACUUUAUCCCCCCCAAAAAGCCCAAGACCUUCUUAGAACUAGUGUGGGAAGCCCUCCAAGAUGUCACACUCAUCAUCCUGGAGAUUGCAGCCAUCAUCUCCCUCGUCCUGUCCUUCUAUCGGCCCCCCGGUGAAGAAAAUGAACAGUGUGGUCUACCCGUAAGUAGCCCGGAAGAUGAAGGAGAGGCAGAAGCCGGCUGGAUUGAGGGGGCAGCCAUCCUGUUCUCCGUGAUCAUCGUGGUGCUGGUGACUGCCUUCAAUGAUUGGAGCAAAGAGAAGCAAUUCCGGGGGCUGCAGAACCGCAUCGAAAAGGAACAGAAAUUCUCCGUGAUCCGAAAUGGUCACAUCAUCCAGCUCCCCGUGGCUGAGAUCGUGGUGGGUGACAUCGCCCAAAUCAAAUACGGUGACCUACUGCCCGCAGAUGGGAUAUUGAUCCAGGGGAACGAUCUCAAGAUUGACGAGAGCUCUCUGACUGGGGAAUCAGACCAUGUCAAGAAGUCUGUGGAAAGGGACCCAAUGCUGCUCUCAGGGACCCAUGUCAUGGAAGGUUCUGGCCGGAUGGUAGUGACGGCUGUGGGUAUCAACUCUCAGACUGGAAUCAUCUUUACCCUUUUGGGAGCCAGCGAGGGAGAAGAGGAAGAGAAGAAGAAAAAAGGUAAAAAACAAGGAGUCCCUGAAAAUCGCAACAAAGCAAAAACUCAGGAUGGGGUGGCCCUGGAAAUCCAGCCACUCAACAGCCAGGAGGGGACCGACAACGAGGAGAAGGAGAAGAAGGCGGCCAAGCUGCCCAAAAAGGAGAAGUCGGUGCUGCAGGGCAAGCUGACGCGCUUGGCUGUUCAGAUCGGGAAAGCUGGCCUCAUCAUGUCUGCCAUCACGGUUCUCAUCCUGAUCCUGUACUUUGUGAUUGACAACUUCGUGAUCCACCGCAGAGCGUGGCUGCCCGAGUGCACUCCCAUCUACAUCCAGUACUUUGUCAAGUUCUUCAUCAUCGGCAUCACUGUGCUGGUGGUGGCUGUGCCAGAGGGGCUGCCGCUGGCUGUCACCAUUUCCCUGGCCUACUCCGUGAAGAAAAUGAUGAAAGACAACAACCUGGUGCGGCACCUGGAUGCUUGUGAGACAAUGGGCAACGCCACAGCCAUUUGCUCUGAUAAGACCGGCACGUUGACCAUGAACCGCAUGACCGUGGUACAGGCUUAUAUUGGAGACACCCAUUACCAUCAGAUCCCGAGCCCUGAUGUCCUCCUGCCCAAGGUCCUGGACCUUAUUGUCAACGGCAUUUCUAUCAACAGUGCCUAUACCUCCAAGAUUCUGCCUCCGGAGAAGGAGGGAGGUCUGCCGCGGCAGGUGGGCAGCAAGACCGAAUGCGCUCUGCUGGGCUUUGUCACAGACCUGAAGCAGGAUUACCAUGCGGUGCGCAAUGAGGUGCCCGAGGAGAAGCUCUACAAGGUGUACACCUUCAACUCGGUGCGCAAAUCCAUGAGCACGGUCAUCGAGAAGCCCAGCGGGGGCUACCGCAUGUACAGCAAGGGCGCCUCGGAGAUCAUCUUGCGCAAGUGCAAUCGAAUCCUGGACAAGAAAGGGGAAGUGGUGCCGUUCAAGAACAAGGACCGAGAUGAGAUAGUGCGCACUGUCAUCGAGCCCAUGGCCUGUGAGGGCCUCCGAACUAUCUGCAUAGCUUACCGGGAUUUCAAUGACGGAGAGCCCCCGUGGGACAACGAGAGUGAGAUCCUCACCGAACUGACCUGCGUCGCGGUGGUGGGCAUUGAGGACCCCGUGCGCCCAGAGGUCCCAGAUGCUAUCGCCAAAUGCAAACAAGCUGGCAUCACUGUCAGAAUGGUGACCGGUGACAACAUCAACACAGCCCGGGCCAUCGCCACCAAAUGUGGCAUUGUCACACCUGGGGAUGACUUCUUGUGCUUAGAAGGCAAAGAGUUCAACCGACUUAUCCGCAACGAGAAGGGCGAGGUGGAGCAAGAGAAGCUGGACAAGAUCUGGCCGAAGCUUCGAGUCUUGGCGCGAUCGUCCCCCACUGACAAGCACACCCUGGUAAAAGGCAUCAUCGACAGCACUGUUGGGGAACAGCGACAGGUGGUGGCUGUCACUGGCGAUGGCACGAAUGACGGGCCGGCCCUGAAGAAAGCAGAUGUUGGCUUUGCCAUGGGUAUCGCAGGCACGGAUGUGGCAAAGGAGGCAUCAGACAUCAUCCUAACAGACGACAACUUCACCAGCAUUGUGAAGGCAGUGAUGUGGGGGCGAAACGUCUAUGACAGCAUCUCCAAGUUUCUGCAGUUCCAGCUCACUGUCAACGUGGUGGCCGUGAUUGUGGCCUUCACCGGAGCCUGUAUCACUCAGGAUUCCCCACUGAAAGCCGUGCAGAUGUUGUGGGUUAACCUAAUCAUGGACACUUUUGCCUCCUUGGCCCUGGCCACCGAGCCUCCUACGGAGUCUCUGUUGAAGCGUCGCCCCUAUGGCCGCAAUAAGCCUCUGAUCUCACGUACCAUGAUGAAGAACAUCUUGGGCCACGCAGUCUAUCAGCUCACUGUCAUCUUUUUCCUUGUCUUUGCCGGUGAGAAAUUCUUUGACAUCGAUAGCGGGAGGAAGGCGCCUCUACAUUCCCCACCCAGCCAACACUACACCAUUAUUUUCAACACCUUUGUGCUGAUGCAGCUCUUCAACGAAAUCAACUCCCGCAAGAUCCAUGGAGAGAGGAAUGUCUUUGCAGGCAUCUUCCGCAACCUCAUCUUCUGCUGUGUGGUCUUGGGCACGUUCAUCAGCCAGAUCCUCAUUGUGGAAUUCGGGGGUAAACCCUUCAGUUGCACGAAGCUCACCCUGUCUCAGUGGUUUUGGUGCCUCUUCAUUGGCAUCGGAGAACUGCUGUGGGGCCAGAUAAUCUCCUCGAUACCUACGCAAUCCCUGAAGUUCCUGAAGGAGGCCGGGCAUGGCACCACGAAAGAGGAGAUCACCAAGGACGCGGAGGGGCUGGAUGAGAUUGACCACGCGGAGAUGGAGCUGCGCCGAGGCCAGAUCCUCUGGUUCCGGGGCCUGAACCGCAUCCAGACUCAGAUCAAAGUGGUCAAAGCGUUCCAUAGUUCCCUCCACGAAAGCAUUCAGAAACCCAAGAACCAAAACUCCAUCCACAACUUCAUGACCCACCCUGAAUUCGCCAUAGAUGAGGAGGUGCCACGAACACCACUCCUGGAUGAGCAUGAGGAGGAAGAUCUCGAACAGGCUCCUAAGGCUGGGACUAGGGUGCUCCUGUUGGAUGGUGAGGUCACCCCAUAUGCCAACAAGAACAACAAUGCGGUGGACUGCAGCCAAGUGCACAUCGUUGCCUCCCAUGCGGACAGCCCUCUACACAGCCUGGAGACAUCAGUUUGAACUUCAUUCUUUGGCUCCCGUCCCCGCUUUCCCCAUUUCCUUUCUCAUCUGUCCCAUCUCUAAGGUGACGAUGGGACUUUUCACUGUCAUGUCAGCUGCUCCCAAGUAUGUGUGAACCCCCACCUGACCAUGAAGAGGCAAGAGUACAGACCAACAAGGAUUUCAGCUUGAACUUGAGUUGGGGUUUGUAGCAGGACCCAGUCAAACCCCAGGCAGGUAAUGAAUGGUAGAAUCUACCCCUUGGGUGUAUCAGUUGUCAUGUGUAAAGAAAUGAUGACAAUCCUCUUGGCAUCUACCCCAACCCAGACUCUUCCCGGUAUGUAUACAUAUGUCAUCAACUCCUGACUUCUGGAUUUUACCCUAUGAGUCUGUGCCAUUUAUAAGCGAGGUUGAGGGUUCAGAGAGAUAAAAUAUCCCCAAACGAGAUGUGUUGAGAUAGGAAUGGAAUGUAUAGAAUCAUCUUAUAGAGUGGUUGUUUUUAAAAUGACUUUCCCAUUUUCAAACCUUACACCUAAAGCCCUCUAGCUCUUUCUGCCCUUCUAGUCAAACCUCCCCAAGGUUCUUUUGGUCUUUUGUGACCAUUGUCUUCCUUACUUUCACUCUUUCUUUUUUUUUUCCCCCUUUUUUUUCUUUUUCUUUUUCUUUUCUCUUUUCUUUUUUCUUUUUCUUUUUUCUUUCUUUUCUCUUUCUUUCUUUCUUUUUUUUUUUUUUUUGUCAUGAUGAUUGAGAAAUUGGAAAGGACAUGGCUGAAUUGAGUCAACUUUGGCCAUUCUCCCUUCUGGCCCCAGUGGAACCCUUGGCUUAGUCUCAGAGGAGGAAAGGUUUCUCUGCUAAUAAGAUCCUUUUGAAGCAAUUGAGAGCUGGUAAGAAUGUGUUUCUGUUGUUGUCAGGUUACCUUCCACUUCUAAACUGCCAUCUUGUCAGGUGUGUAUCAUUUCUAAGUGCCAGGGAGCUCAGCCUUGACCAUGAAGCUUUCAUAUGUUUGGUACGCAAUUUUUACCAUAAGCCUGAUUGUUCUCCUAUUCCCAAAGUGGUAGCAGAGGAAUUAAUUGAGACCGGCCCUGCCUCCUAAGUGGACUUGGAUAUUGAGGACCAACAGCUGGCAGUUCUAGGACAAGACAGACCAUCAAAGCCAACUCUUGUGCAAUCCUCCUUGGGUUGACCACUACCGCUUUCAAGGCCUUCUGCCAAGGCUCUUCUAGGACAGGACCUGAUUGUUGCGGAAGUGAGUACUGAGAAGCCUUGGGAGAGGCCAAAGGGCCAUCCUAACAGGAUCAGAGAAACCCUUCGUCCGAGAAAACCAGACACUCUGAGGUUAGGUGCCCAGGUACCAGCUUUGACAUACCCUUCAUCUUUCUUGUUCUGCUCUUUCGUGGCCCCUAACUCGUCUGGUCUCUGAACAGGUCCCAACCUUUCUCAAAUCUUCCGCUUUUGAAAAUACACAUCCCAAGUGGACUCCAGUGACAUUUUGCUGACUUGAAGGAGCAAAAGACCCACCCUGAAAUUCUCUCCUCCCUCUCUCCCUUUCUCCCACAUGACCCACUCAAGGCCCUCCCCAGAAUGUGCUCGACUGUAAAGCCCUGUGCCUUCUCUCCCUGGACACUGCCCAAAGCAUCCCCUUCCUCCCUGCCUCUCAGGAGUUGGGGACUUUGCCAGGAGAUUUUUUUUUUUUUAAGUGUUCCUUAAUGGGACAAGGUGGAGCCACGUUUGCAGGAGCUUCAUUUUUAUCCCUGCUGAUGUGGACAUCAGCUCCUCUGUGCAGGGAUUAUUAGCUCAUGUCUACCGGUUCCCAUUAAAUAAAUGAGGCCUGUCCCCCUCUUUCAAGAGUGAUGGGAGUAGGGAGUAGGGCUCGAGGCUCUUAUGAACUGCCAAAUGUCCACUUGUGACGGUAAGGUGGCCUGAACCUAUGCUCUCUGGCCUUCUCUUCUAGAUCCCUCCUCCCUUACCCCUUCCAUCUGAGCUGUCCGAGGUAGAAAGAGCAAGGAAACAAUACCCCCUACCCAUCCCCACUCCUACGCAACCCACCAAAUUUGAUUUGGGUUUUAUAAGGGUCACGUGCUUCAGCAAUCUUUUCUCUGUCUUAAAUACUCCUGUGGGGACAAAACAGCUCACCCAAGGUGUUAGGUGUGCACAUACAUAUUUAUUACGUACAUUGGAAGAUUUAGUUCUGUCAAGUCUUUUAUUACCUCAGAUCAGUUUGAAAAACAAGCCAAUAACAAACUUUGGAGGCUAUUUUACCAUUCCUGCUCCCAAAAGACUCUCAUGGUGCCUGACAGGUUACUCUUGAGAGCUUGUGUCUACUUGUUUAAGCUCAAUGGUUUUUGUGUGUAUUCUAGUUUCCGUGGUAGGAGAGAAAAAAAAUAGAGAAAUAUUAUGCAAAAAAUAUAGUUUUCUUUAGAUCAGAAACUGAUAUUUUUGAGUCAGCCAUAUGUAUUUUGUUUAAAGGAUUCGAAAUUAAGUGCUGUCAUGUUACCCUGUGGAAGGAGCAUAUAACCAGCUGUUUGACAUGACAGGUGACUUAGUAUAUUUGUAAUUGGUUUGAAAACCAAUGCAGCGUACUUCCUUUCUCCAAACAGCCAUCUUUAUACUUAGGGAAAAAAAAAAUUUGUUGGGUUCUAGACUUUUUUAAUAUAAAUUUUGUUGAUAUGGAAUUGAGUAAGUUUAAGUGUUUAUGUGCAUAUGUUUUUUAUAUAAGUUUUUUUCUAUUCAGUUUUCGUGAUCCAACUGGCAGUGAGUCAAUAUGGCACAAGUUACUAAAGCUUUCCCCCAAUAUGGUGCUUUAGAUCUGAAAAGGGUCUGAUGGGGAGAAGGGGAAAUUACUAUCCUAGAUGAACCUAGAAAAAUGGGCAGUAGACUGUGCAUGGGAAGGAAAGCAUCCAGAAGAAGGGAUAGCCAGCAGAAAACGAGGGUAUGUCCCCCAUGGAGAUGGGUGCCAGGCUUUUUAGCGACUGGUGAAUUAAGAUCAGGGGCCUUGGUUGGAUUUUGUUUCUUGAUGGGUAGCUGGCAGAGUGGUACCCACAACACGAAUAUCUCUCGGGCUGCAAGGAUGCUCUGAUUUGGGGGUUGCAUUUUUUAUGGUUCUUUCACCUCCUGUUGUCCCAGGAGUUUUCCCUUAAUGAGUCUUUGUGCAAGGAUCUGAUUUGGGACUUCCCCUCCCCUAGAAAUGUUGUGUGCAAUAUAUUAGACGGGGGAUAGAUUUCUAAGUGGAAAAAACAAAGGCUGGUUCUAACCCCGGGUGGUAAUCUUGGGGCUAGGUCCUUCCCGUAGGUGCCCUCUGAAGUGACUCCCCCAUCCCUAAAGGUGUUAGACCACCGAGCAAUCCUUCUGACGCUUGUGGGUUCUUUAGGGUCUAGGUUUCUUCUUCCACUUGAACGUCAGAGGGGAGAGUUUGCACCGUUAUAUCUGAGCGUUGACCUCGCUGCCGAAAACCCGGGGGGGGGGGUGUGGCAAGCUCGCAUGUGUCCUGCGACCUCUAAAUGCCUCACCUCCUUUCUUUCCUGCUUUCUUUUGCCUAACGAUUGAAGCAGCCUGGGAUACCAUCACAAAGUGCACACUUCCUCACUUUCCGUAUCUAGGGACCACCCGCUGCAGCGGUGGGGAUGAGGCACUUGUAAAUGCCUGCUAUUCUGAAGCCAUUCCAGCCUUUUCCUCAGAAUAGACCAGACGCCCUUCCAUUUAGCUCAGUGCCAGUGCUCUGCCUUCCCAGCCCUGCUGUUAGGCCUGCUGUCCCCUUUCCUCUUGACGAGGAGAGACGGAGGGAAGUGAGCUCCCCGUGACCGAACUGGCCUUUGGUUCAGAUUUGCUCCCCAUAUGUAUAUAUGCCAUAUGUGAAUAUGCCAUAUAUAUGUGCCAACAAAUCUAUCUACGUUGUUCUUUUCCGAUCAGCACGCAGAUAGGAACUUUGAGUUUCUUCGUCUCUUUUUUUCUGUUCUUCUUUUUUUCAGUAAUUAGUAUAACAAGCACUGGUAUUUUUGUAUAAAAAAGAAAACCAAACAAAACAAAAGAUUGACUAGUGUGGUCUGCAUGCCAUCAACAAACAUGGCGACAGCCAAGCAGCAGUGUGCGCCCCAGUGUGUGUUACCAUAAUUCGCAGUUCAGCCGAACAGUGCACCCGAUCUGUAUUUGCGUUCCGAUAUUAUUGAAGCUCUCUGUACAACGUUUUGCAUGUAUUUAUAUGGUUCUUAAAGGAAAAAAAAAAUGCCAUAAACCGGCAAAUCUGAAAUUCAAAUAUGCUGUCCACUGAGACGGGAAGAAGAGGAGUUUUAAAAGACGGGGGAGAAAAAGGGAUAUAUAUAUAUUUUUUUUUUUUUGGAACCAAUAAAGCUUGUUGCUGAUGAGAAUCAGUACUGCCGUGCACUGAAAAUAAAAACCCAUGCCCACCUGUAA